ACCCCCAAACGAGCUGCGGGGCUUAAAAAACGAGCCGAGCCGAGCCAGCUCGUUUUACGGUUCGGCUUCGGCUCGUAGCCGGCUCUACCGAGCCGCGCCGGCCUUCAGCUGAAGCAAGCCGAAGCCGGCUCGGCUCGGCUCGGCUCAGCUCGACUGAAGCCCGGCUCGGCUCGGCUCGGAGCAUCAUGGCAACGAGCCACUCGUUCGAGGCCACCCGACCGCCGACAGGUUCUGAGAUCUAGCUGCUGUUUUACGAGCCAGCGAAAAUUACACACUAAAUUAAUGAAGUAUGUCGCGGGCUUUUCGACUCGCAUUACCAUCAGGCAGACAUGUCGAUCUCGGAGGACUUAUCGCCGGCUCUGGGGAUCGCGCUGACCUGGUCAGCUUCUUGCUCUGCCUCUUCGCGUCCGUCCCCGCGGCUCUCGUCGUUCGCUUCUUCUCGGGACCAACUCUGAAGCAUCUCUACAGCAUUGCCGCCGGAGGGACUAUCUGCUGGGUGGCGUACGGCGGCCUUCACGCGAGCCUCAACUUCUGGGGCCUCACUCUCGCGUCCUACGCGAUCAUGCUCGCUCUUCCUCGCAAGUGGAGCGGCUACGGCGUUCUCCUCGGCUCCUUCACCUACCUCACCUACUGCAACAUGAGCAGUCCAGGGACGGAAGCCGUGGACUUCACGUACACGCUGAGGGCGCUCGUGCUCAAGAUGGCCAGCUGCUCCAUGGACUACCAGGACGGCGCUCUCCCUCAUGAUAAGGCGCAGCAUCGCAUGUACGCCAACAGGCUGCAACACCUGCCGUCCCUGCUGGAGUUCGUUUCCUUCGUGUUCUUCCCAGGCUGAUGGGGCCUGUCUUCAACUUCAAGCAGUACCAGGCGUACGCUGCCGGGCAAGGGCUCUGGUCCCCCUCCGGCACCGUCACGCCAACCAAGAAAACACAGAACGGCAGUGCGGGCAGUGGGGGGUUGACAAACGGAAUCGGAAUCGGAAAUUCCUGGGAGGAGGGGCAGCACCUGCUGCUGAAUGGACGCGGGGAGGUGGACAAGGUGCGGGGCAAUCCCCAGGUGCCUCGCCGCAUGCCGGAGCCGCUGCCGUAUGCGGCGCAGGCGCUGGGGACUGCAAUGAUCUUUGUGGCGCUGCACCUUUUCCUGAAGCAGUACUUCAGCCCCGACCUGCUGCUCCACCCGGGAUUCUUCAGCAUGGGCUUCGCGGGCAAGUGGGGCUAUCUGGUCAUGGCGGGGAUCUGCUACCGCUGCUCCUUCUUCUUCAUCUGGGGUGUGGCAGAGGCCGCCGUGAUUCUCUCAGGCUUUGGCUUCUCUGGCUGGAGCAAUGCGGUCCCCUCUCGCCCGGACUGGAGCCGCGCUGAGAACGUGAGUCCCAUUAAGUGCGAGGUCACGUCCAGCUUGGCCCAGAUGCCUGCCUACUGGAACAUCGGGGUCGGCGUCUGGCUCCGGACAUACGUGUAUGACCGCAUCACCCCUCGCUCCGGCAAGCCCACCAUGUGGACGCUCAUCCUCACUCAAGUCGUCUGCGCCUUCUGGCAUGGUCUGCACCCAGGUCACUAUCUCUUCUUUGUCAACGCCGCCAUUGGGCAACACACCUCCAAGCGUGCGUGUGUUGGUGGGCGCCAGCUGUUUUAUUGAACCACCAUGAAUGCAGCACCAUCCUACUGAACCACCAUGCAUGCAGCACCAUCCUAUUGAACCACCAUGCAUGCAGCACCGUCCUAUUGAACCACCAUGCAUGCAGCACCAUCCUACUGAACCACCAUGCAUGCAGCACCGUCCUAUUGAACCACCAUGCAUGCAGCACCAUCCUACUGAACCACCAUGAAUGCAGCACCAUCCUUUUGAACCACCAUGCAUGCAGCACCAUCCUAUUGAACCACCAUGCAUGCAGCACCAUCCUAUUGAACCACCAUGCAUGCAGCACCAUCCUACUGAACCACCAUGCAUGCAGCACCAUCCUACUGAACCACCAUGCAUGCAGCACCGUCCUAUUGAACCACCAUGCAUGCAGCACCAUCCUAUUGAACCACCAUGCAUGCAGCACCGUCCUAUUGAACCACCAUGCAUGCAGCACCAUCCUAUUGAACCACCAUGCAUGCAGCACCAUCCUAUUGAACCACCAUGCAUGCAGCACCAUCCUAUUGAACCACCAUGCAUGCAGCACCAUCCUAUUGAACCACCAUGCAUGCAGCACCAUCCUAUUGAACCACCAUGCAUGCAGCACCAUCCUAUUGAACCACCAUGCAUGCAGCACCGUCCUAUUGAACCACCAUGCAUGCAGCACCAUCCUACUGAACCACCAUGCAUGCAGCACCAUCCUAUUGAACCACCAUGCAUGCAGCACCAUCCUAUUGAACCACCAUGCAUGCAGCACCAUCCUAUUGAACCACCAUGCAUGCAGCACCAUCCUAUUGAACCACCAUGCAUGCAGCACCAUCCUAUUGAACCACCAUGCAUGCAGCACCAUCCUAUUGAACCACCAUGCAUGCAGCACCGUCCUAUUGAACCACCAUGCAUGCAGCACCAUCCUACUGAACCACCAUGCAUGCAGCACCAUCCUACUGAACCACCAUGCAUGCAGCACCGUCCUAUUGAACCACCAUGCAUGCAGCACCAUCCUAUUGAACCACCAUGCAUGCAGCACCAUCCUACUGAACCACCAUGCAUGCAGCACCGUCCUAUUCCACUGUUUUAGAGCGUCUCAAAAGGAGUCCUCACGCACACAUGGCUUGGGCCUAUCAUCGCACUUCCCAC